AUGACCGUGCUCCUCCUCUCCGCCCUUCUCGCCACACCCGCUCUCGCCCAGACGCCCUCCGGUGCCAAUCCGGCUCUGGUGUCCUGCACCAACUUCGACGCGUGCCCCGACACCUGGACCUGUGUCGGCGUGAACUGCUGUCCGCCUUGGAUGAGUAUCGAGGACUGCUCCAAGUUCAACGGCAUUGGCCCUCAUCAGGGAGACGACUGGGAUGAUGCCGACGACUGGGACAAGAAGAACGGCAACAACAAUGAUGGCGAUGAUGAUGACGAUGACGACGAUGAUGACGACCGUAAGUCCUCUGCACCAUCCCCGAGCACAGUGCUUAGUGAAGUUCUCCCCGGCGUGUUUAACAGGCCCUCUGGGACCGCGAACGUGACUGUCGUGCCUUCUGCCACAGCGACGGCGGAUGGUGACGACGACGACCACAACGACGACAACGAUGACAACGAUGACAACGAUGACGGCAACGACGACAACGACGUCGAUGAUGACGAUGGAAAUGACUCUGACGAUGAUAAUGAUAAUGAUAAGGCGACACCGAAGGUCACCGCCAGCCCCUCAUUGAGCGCUUCAGUCAAGGAAACGCCGGCCAUUGCACUCAGCCCCAGCCCUAGCGCUGCGGCCAGGAGCUCGGCCGCUGCUGCACCGGGCAGUGCUGGUGCGAAUGCUGACUCUGGAGCUACUAGCCAGAGUGGCAUUAGCCUCAUUCUCACUGCUCUCGUCCUCGGUGUCGUAGGAUGGGGAUGGUGA